AACGGAAUUAGGAAGAAAAGAUGCUCUCAGUAUUCAACGUGGGAACUCAGCUUCAACCAAGAGUAAUAGGCAUUCGCAGAAGCCAAGGUCUAUUGAGUGUAGAAGUAUAUUCUGCAAAUAGGACACGACUGAAGACUUCUGCUAGGAACAGAUUGAUGUGCACCUUAAAUCAGUCAGCAGGGGUUUCGGCUCAAGCAGAGCAAAUAAAAAGUAGGACUUUAGUCAAAAUGUGUGGAAUUACAUCAGCUAGAGAUGCUGCUCUUGCAGCAGAAGCUGGAGCCAAUUUUAUUGGUAUGAUCAUAUGGCCUAACUCAAAACGUUCUAUUUCACUUUCUACUGCAAAAGAGAUUUCCAAGGUUGCACGGGAAUAUGGAGCUGAGCCAGUUGGGGUGUUUGUAGACGAUAAUGCUGACACAAUACUAAAAGCCUCUGAUGCAGCAGACCUUGAAUUUGUGCAGCUUCAUGGAAAUGGUUCUCGAGAUGCUUUUCCAGUUUUGGUCAGGGAAAAACGUGUAAUAUACGUACUUCAUGCAAAUGAAGAGGGAGGCCUUUUGAACUAUAUUUCUGAUGAGGAGUCUUCUCUGGUUGAUUGGGUUCUAGUGGAUAGUGCAAAAGGUGGCAGUGGCAAAGGAUUCAACUGGGCUCAGUUUAAGCUGCCGCCAAUUAGAAGCAAACAUGGGUGGCUCUUGGCAGGAGGAAUUAACCCGGAGAAUGUUUGUGAAGCUCUUUCUGCUCUUAAACCCAAUGGAGUGGAUGUGAGUAGUGGCAUAUGCGGACAGGACGGCAUCCAAAAGGAUGAGUCACGGAUACUAUCGUUCAUGAAUGCAGUGAAAUCUGUACGGCUGUAGUUAAUAUUGACUAGCUACCAUUGAGGCAAAUUCCCCAGUGCAGAUUCUUAAAUCAACUGCAAUGUUGGUGCUGGUCCUCUUGUAAUUUAUUGCACUAAUUAUUGUAGGCCAAAACUAAUAUAUCAUGAUACAUAAAGUUUGUGUUACUAGAAAAACAUCAAUGUCUUUGUAGGAGAAAAAACUUCCCUUGUGUAGUUCAAUUGAUGGGCUAUAAGCGUGAUUUGUUUGACAGAAGAUGGAUUGACUACGUUGACGACAACUAAUGAACUCAUAAAGUAAAAUUCUA